GAGGGGAGGGCCAGCGGGGCAGGAAUGCGCGGCGGGCGGGCGGCGCAGGAGGCGAGCGGCGGAACAUGUAAGGGCACAUCCCGCCAGCAGCCUCCCAGCGCGCAGACGGAGAGUAGGGGAGCGGGCGUGCGGGCGUGCGGGCGGCGAGGCGCAGGGCACCGGGUAGAGGCACGGGGAGGUCGGAGCGGUGCGCAGGGUCCAGAGGAGACGGCGCCGAGCGAGUAGCAUCCGCACGCACCUCCCGAGCGCCGCUGUCUGCAAGGCGGCUCCGGCCGCAGGCUCGGCCGGGCAGGGAGCAAGGCCAACCAGCUUCAGGGCGCGAGAAGCCGGCGCUGUAGAGCCCGGGACGGCCGCGAUCGCCGCCGCAGCUCCCAGCGCUGUGGGAACCUCGGGGUGCCCAUGACGGCGGCUGCGGCGACCGUGCUGAAGGAGGGCGUGCUGGAGAAGCGCAGCGGCGGGCUGCUGCAGCUUUGGAAGCGGAAGCGCUGCGUGCUCACCGAGCGCGGGCUGCAGCUCUUCGAGGCCAAGGGCACGGGCGGCCGGCCCAAGGAGCUCAGCUUCGCCCGCAUCAAAGCCGUGGAGUGCGUAGAGAGCACCGGGCGCCACAUCUACUUCACGCUCGUGACCGAAGGCGGGGGCGAGAUCGACUUCCGCUGCCCCCUCGAGGACCCCGGCUGGAACGCUCAGAUCACCCUGGGCCUGGUCAAGUUCAAGAAUCAACAGGCCAUCCAGACUGUGCGGGCCCGGCAGAGUCUUGGGACUGGGACCCUCGUGUCCUAAACCGCGAGGCUUAUCAUCUUAUCGACGUGCCCCCUCCCUCCCACCUCCGUGCCCAGAAGACAAGUCAGCUUCUCUGUCCACUUUGGUUGGUUGGGGCCCGGUUACAUGUGAUGAGCCGGAAGCUAUCAACAUGCAGAAGAUACACCUAUCAUCAUGGAAGGAGCCAACCAGCCAGAGGCGGAGAGCAGAGGCCAAUAGGAGCUGAGGAUGAAGAUUCAGUUCCUGGACACUGAGACUGUUAUAGCCAGCUCAGGCCUUCGAGCCACAGGCCUGGCCUCAAGUAUCCCGAUGGAGCACGUGGGCCUUACUUGGCAUCAAGGCCUCUCCCACCGGUCCAGCCCUUGGUUCUGGGUUCUGCAGACUGCUAUUUGGCCUCUGGCUUUGAGACUGUGCCCAAAGGAGGGCUGUUCUUCAUGGCGGGCUGAGUCAGUGCCUCAGAACUCAGGAGGCCAGCCUGGGGUCCAGAAGAUGACCACCCUACCUUAGGACAGCCACUGGACUCAGCUUGUGGAGGGGAUCUGCUGGGCUGGAGGCCUGUGUCUGGGGGUCUCUUGCUGCUUAGGUCCUUUUGGGACCCCCCCGCCUGCCCAUCUGUACCCUUUCUUUGCACACUUCUUCCCUCACCUCUGUUGCCCUCUCCUCACUUCAGUGUUGGGCCUGGAGGGGGUGGGGAUGGGGUAAGGGUUGGGCCUUUACCAUUUCAUGCUUAUUCCAGAAUGAAGAGGCCCAGUUUGUGGGCAGUAACCA